ACCUGCGUCUCUCUGCAAAGACUUUCGUUUUUCUUUUCCACUCCUUUACUAAAUUUCUGCACAACCAAUCAACCUCACACCACCUGCUGACGGUGGAAUCGCACCUGAGCACCUGCAGCAGCGGAGCCAUGGAGGACCGGCUGAGCAGCCUCCCCGACGACCUCCUCCACUCCAUCCUCCGCGACCUCCCGCUCAAGCACGCCGUCCGCACCAGCGCCCUCUCCCGGCGGUGGGUGCCCCAGUGGAUCCGCGCGCUCGCCGACUCACCGGUCCUCGACUUCACCGACCGGGACUUCGCCCGCGGCCAGCCGCCGGCGCGGGCCGCGGCCACGGUGGGUCGCUGCCUCCGGCUCCACGCCGAGCACGGCACGCCGCUCGACGCGUUCCGCGUGGCGCCCGUGUCCCCGCCGGGGCCCGGCUACGGCGCGUUCGGGCGGGACGUCAUCGGGUGGGUCGCGGCCGCCUUGGCCAGGGGCGCCAGGGAGGUGGAGGUGGACCUGACGCCGCCGUCGCGGGAGGGCGCCGACCAUGGGAGCGCCGCGUUCCUGGAUCUCCCCGGCGACCUGUUCCAGGCCAGGAGCUCACUGGAGCGGCUCGCGCUCGGUCGGCUCAGCCUCCGCGCCGUCCCGCUCCCCGCGGCCGGGCUCGCCGGCCUCCGCUCGCUCUCCCUCAGCCACACCGACGUCACCGAUGAGGCGGUCCGGGGCGUGCUCGCCGGCUGCCCCGCGCUCGAGUCCCUGAGCCUGCGGUGCUGCGCCCUCCUCACCGCGGUGCGCGUCGCCGGCGAGCGGCUGCGGGCCCUGGAGCUCCUGGGCUGCCGGGCCGUGCGCGAGCUCCGGGUCGCCGCGCCCGCGCUCGAGUCGUUCGCCCUGUACGGCGACGUCAUCCUGAGCACCGCCGACUGGUGCGAGUCCGUCGCCGUCGACUUCGCCGCCGCGCCGGCGCUGCGCGACGUGUACCUCUCGCACAUGGUCGGCUUCGACACCUUGGACCGGAAUCACGACCACUACUACCCCUUCGUGUACCACGUCCCGCAAGCCCGGAUCUUGACGCUCUGCUCCGUCGGCUUGGUGGUGCCGUUGCUUUCGAGGGACUCGGAUGAUGAUGACCGCUUCGAUCAUCUUCCUUAUGCGCAUGUAAACGCCGGUGAGGAUACAUACAUAGACAUGCCCAACCUCCAAGAGCUGCAGCUGCUGCUGGGCUCCCUGGAAGAAGAAAUUCUUUCUCAGGACCCGCGGUUCCCUGAGCGCGUGUACUAUUUCUUCCAAAACACCUCACUUCCAGUCCUCGAACGGCUCUUUAUCCGUCAAUCCUGCACACGGAAGCAGCAGCUCGGCGACAGCGUUGGCAGACGAGGACGAGGACGACGACGACAAAGACAUCGGAUUCCGCUACGAGAUCGUCCUCGGCCAGCUGACUUUCAUCAAGGUUGUGCAUUUUAGGGGGACAUGGCGCGAGCGGCGGCUGGUCGUGUUCUUGCUGGAGAGGGCUCCCAUCCUCGAGCAGCUGGUGUUGGUCAUGGCGGAAGGAGGAGGAGCCCCGGGAGACGAGCGCCUGGAGGACAUCCAGGAGUGGGUGUCGGCGCUGCAAAAGGCGUCGCGCGAGGCGCGCACCUCCGUGUGCCGGCCCAGCGAAGACGAUAGCCCGAACCAUGCCCACACGAGGUUCUUCCAUGAGGACUACUGCUGCAACCAUCAAGAAUGAUUUUAUACACGAACAGGAUUGCUUUGUUUGUAACAAAAUUACUAGUAUGUUUUAAGUUGUUUUAGGAUGCUCGAUCUGCUCUGUUCUAGUACCUUUUAAUAUUGUUUCAUGGUUCAUUGUAAUCUAUAGAAGAAUGCAGAAGUACUGAACUUUAGGGGGAAGUCUGUCUGCAAGGACGUGUUGUCUCUGUUCCUAUGAUGAUCCUAUCAACUUGCUCUCCUUCCUGCCCCGGGCA